UUUGUUGCCGAACCAUCUUUUCUUCCAGAGCUUUGCGCAGCAACGGAAAUUUCCCCGCUCCUGGGUGAAAAUUAAAGGUUCUCCCUCCCCCUCUCCCUCUCCCUUCCAUCACCCCCCUCGCUUUCCCUCUCCCCACCCCUCUUUCCCGCGGAGCCGGAGUCGGCACCGCCAGGCGCGGGAGCCGUCUCCUAGCGCCUCGCCGCGGCCGGGCUGCCGCGCCUUCCAUGGGCACCGCGCUGGCCUGCAGCCGCCGCCGGGCGGGCGCGAUGCCGCGAUGGGCUUGAUCUGGCUCCUGCUGCUCAGCCUCCUGGAGCCCGGCUGGCCCGCGGCGGGCCCCGGCGGAGUGUACGAGCACCUCGGCGGAGCGCCGCGGCGCCGCAAGCUCUACUGCGCCACCAAGUACCACCUUGAGCUGCACCCGAGCGGCCGCGUCAACGGCAGCCUGCAGAACAGCGCCUACAGCAUCCUGGAGAUAACCGCCGUGGAGGUGGGCGUCGUGGCCAUCAAAGGGCUUUUCUCUGGGCGGUACCUGGCCAUGAACAAGAGGGGACGGCUCUAUGCUUCGGAGCAUUACAGCGCCGAGUGCGAGUUCGUGGAGCGGAUCCAGGAGCUGGGCUACAGCACCUACUCCUCCCGGCUGUACCGCUCGGUGCCCGGGGGCCCGGGGACACGGCGGCCGCCCAGCGCCGAGAGACUGUGGUACGUGUCCGUGAACGGCAAGGGCCGGCCCCGCCGGGGCUUCAAGACCCGCCGCACGCAGAAGUCCUCCCUGUUCCUGCCCCGCGUGCUGGACCCCAAGGACCACGAGAUGGUGCGGCGGCUGCAGAGCGGCCACUCCAGGCCCCUGAGCAAGGGCAGCCAGCCCCGGCGACGGCGGCAGAAGAGCCCGGGAGGCCGCGGGGGAGCCGAGCCCUCGCACAUCUGGGCUCCGAGCUGAGCGUCGACCAGCCUCGCCCGCCGUGUGGCGGCUGGGGACACGUCCCCAAGGCCAGAGAGCCCGGGGCCUGCCCGGCUCCAGGGGGCUGCUCUAAGACACUCGCGGUGACGGUGUCCAGGGGCCGCUGAAGGGACCGAGGACAGCCCAGUGCCACCAGGGUGGACGGCGCAGGGUCCCCAGA